GCUCAAGGAUCCCAGGCGUUCGUGGGUGGUUCGGUGCUUCUCAAGUGCUUCGUUCCUCCCAGCUUCGCCGCCCACGUGACGCCCACGGCAUGGGAGACACCUACCCACACUAUAUAUCCCUCUGUUUCCCCAGAAGGGCGAUACCAGAUGGUGGGUUCGACGGGAGACCUGCUGGUGCGUGGGGUGACUCCUGAGGACGCCUUCACUUCUUUUACUUGUCGCGUGAAGGACCGGUUGGGAGGGGGGCGCGAAGUGCCCUCAAGGACCCCUGCCAAAAUCACCGUCAAAGAUUCGGGCGAAGUCUCACAACCUGUCAUCCAGAACAAGAUCCGCACGGUGACUGUGCCCGAAGGAGGCACGCUGGUCUUGCCCUGUGUGGCAUCGGCCACGCCCAUACCCACUGUGAGGUGGAGUUCCUACACAGGAGGAGGCCUUGGCAGCAGGAUCAGCGGAAUGGACGGCCUUAGGGGUCGACAUCCUUACGUCGAUUCUCCUGGUUCUGCCGUUUUGGUGAUCGAAGCCGCCCAGCCCACUGACGCCCACGCUUACACCUGCAUUGCUAAUAAUUCCCUCGGCAUUGACCAGAUGAACGUGGAAGUGGUCGUGGAAUCUCCGCUGACAGUCCGAGUGGUUCCCCCACUCCUGACAGCUGACCUGGGGGGCACUGCGACCUUCACUUGCAGGGUGUCAGACCCUGGGGCAGCUAUCACUUGGUAUUACAACGGGUCACCGGUCGCUGGCAGCGGUCGAUUAAUUGCGGCCGGUAACCAGCUCAUAGUGUCCGGCGUCAGCCACGACGAUUCCGGCAUGUACCAGUGCCAUGCCAUCCGCAACAGUCGUGCUGCCCAGGAUGCGGCUCAGCUGCUGCUCGCGGAUUCUGCCCCAGUCUUGCAUUACCGAUUCAUCGAACAGACCAUCCAGCCGGGACCUCCGGUCUCUCUGAAGUGCUCUGCCGUGGGCAACCCCACCCCUUCCAUAACCUGGAAAUUGGAUGGACUCCCCGUGCCGAAAUCUGACAGGGUGAUGGUUGGAGAGCAGGUCGGUGCCCGGGGCAAGGUCGUAGGGCACGUCAACGUCUCUCACACGAGAGUGGAAGACGGAGGGCGCUACGAGUGCAUAGCAACCAACAGGGCAGGCACCACCUCCCACUCCGCCAACUUGAAUAUUUACGGUUCCCCUGUGGCGCGCCCUUUGGCCUCAGUCACAGCCGUUUCGGGGAAAACUCUUGAGCUGCGAUGCCCUGUGGCUGGAUAUCCCUUGGACACCUACGUUUGGACGAAGGAGGGCAUAGCCUUGACAGCCAGCCUCGGACGGAGGGUGGAGACCGACGGGACUCUGAUCAUAGAGACCGUGAAGAGACCAGACGACGUCGGCAUCUAUACGUGUUUGGCGUCCAAGAACCAAGGGCGGACGGCGACGGGUUCCGUACAAGUAUCUGUUUUAGUUCCCCCCAAGCUUAGCCCAUUCGUGGCCAUCGGUUUGGUGAAUGCAGGGGAACGGGUGACCAUCACCUGCACAGUCUCCCGCGGGGACGAGCCCCUGACCUUCCGUUGGCUGUGGGAUGGGUCCCCCCUGCCUCUCGGGGGCGUUGGAGGAGGAGGAGGAGGAGGAGGAGGUGGUGGUGGAGGUCACGGGGGCAGCGGCCUGACGGUGAUGACAAUGAACGCUUUCAACUCUGUGCUCAGCAUCGAGAGUGUGCAAAGACACCACGGGGGAGAUUACACCUGCGUCGUCACCAAUGAUGCAGCCUCUGCCAGCAUCACCUACACGCUAACUGUCCACGUGCCUCCCACGUGGGUGCUGGAACCUAUGGACGCCCGAGUGAGUCGGGGUCACGCCCUUAUGAUCGACUGCGUCGCCCGCGGCCACCCGGAUCCCAAUGUCACUUGGAAGAAGAAGAUCGACGAAGACCCUAAUAGUUCGGGUGCCGAUGCCUUUCGAAGCGUGGAGAUGGUGAGCCCAAGAGUAGUGCAGCAGUCCAACGGGUCUCUGUACAUUGCGCGAGCCGAGCCAGAUCACGCUGGCACCUAUCUCUGUCACGCUGCCAACUCGGUGACCAAUCUCUCCAAGACCAUCACGGUGGCUGUGAAUUCUGCGCCGUAUUUCACCGGAGGACGAACUUCCAUAGACGUGCGGGCUGGGGAAAUGGCCAUCUUGGAUUGCCGAGUUAGGGGAGACCCUCCCCUGACGGUCACCUGGUCCCUCAGGGGCGCUUCGCUCCGCCAUUCUGGGAGGUACAAAGAAACAGUGUUUAACGAACCGAACGGGGACACGAUGGCGAAGCUGGAGAUCUCAUCUGUCAUCCAGUCCGAUGCUGGAAUCUACACCUGCACGGCUCACAACACUUAUGGUCGCAACUCCAACACUAUCACCGUCAAUGUUCACGAGCCUCCUUCAGCACCCCGAGGCCUGCGCGUCGUAACCGAGGGCUCGAGGGCUGUGAGAGUGUCGUGGUCUGCCCCAGAACCGGCCCCAUCUUCGUACGUCCUCCAGUUCCGACGUACCCUGGAGGGUUGGGGCGAAGCGAGAGAGAUCACUGUGCAAGCUUCGAGUGUCACUUCAGGGGUAGAGGUGUCGCCCUUGAUGCCAGCAACGGAGUAUGUGGUCAGAGUGGUCGCCGUCAACCAUCUCGGAAGGUCACCCCCUUCGGAAGACCUCAGGUUGAUGACGUCAGCCGAAAAGCCCGGGGCACCUCCCAGAGACCUGCGAGUCGAAGCGACGGGUGCUCGGCAAGUCAGGGUGUCUUGGAGACCUCCUCCGAGGGAGAGUGCCCAUGGCAUCAUCAUUGGAUAUUACCUGGGUUAUGCCCCUGUGAGCAGGCAAGGAGGGACGUCUCCUGCCGGUACUCAGUACAAUUUUACGACGAUCGAGAACUCGGAAGGCAUUCAGACUGGUUUGGAGGGAGAGGGUUCCUGGGUCGUCACUGUGAAAGACCUCCGACCUUACACCGAUUAUCAGCUGGUGGUCCAGGCCUUCAACGCCGAGGGGGCGGGGCCGCUGAGCCCUCCAGCCACUGUCACGACAAGGGAAGAUUCCCCCGGAGGCCCACCGAACGACGCACGCUGUGCCGGCCUCUCCUGGGACAGCGUCCAGAUCACAUGGGUGCCCCCUGAACCUCACCUCCACCAUGGUCUUGUCAGAGGAUACAAGUUAGAGUACGAACGGUGGGACGGAUGGAGCGACGCCAGGCGACAGUCGCAGACCACAGCGAUGACGUCAGUUCUGACGGGGCUGGAGGCAGCGACGAAUUACAGCGUCAGAGUAAGAGCUUAUACCAGUGCCGGAGAUGGCCCUUGGUCACCGCCCACACUCUGCACUACGGAGGAGGAUGUUCCAAGUCGUCCGACCAGCGUGAGAGGAAUCGUCUCUGGCUCUGGGUCGUUCAUCGUGUCGUGGGCUCCCCCUGCGAGGCCUGGAGGUCGUAUCGUGUCGUACACGGUCACCUGGCGGGUCGUGGGAGCUAGGCUGACCGGAGGGCGGGGCACCGAGGGCGUCACCUCCGUCUCAGGGACUGUAAAUUGGGUGCAGGUGGAUAACGUCUCAGGCAACCUCGUUGAAGUGGAAGUGGUGGCAGCCACUCGAGAGGGCGAAGGCCCACCCGGCACAGCGAGGGUCACCCUCACCAAUACGGUGCCGGCGGCCAUUUACUCCACGUCCAGCUCUUUGAGAGCCGAGAGAGGCAAUGACGUCACGCUUCCCUGCGGCCACGUGGGUCAGCCUCGUCCCCGGCUCCUUUGGACUUACCAAGGGCGCCCCGUGGGCUCCCAGGGAAGGCUGGUGAAAGGGGACGGCGGCUUGGUGAUUCAGGAGGCUCAGAGACACGAUUCCGGGAACUACACGUGCACGGUCACGAACGAACAUGGCGCCGAUCACAUCACUUAUUCUCUCACGGUCUUAGUGCCCCCAUCCGCGCCCUUGGUGCUAGCCUCCUCGCCCUCUGAAAGCCGCGUCCAGGUCCAGUGGAAGCAAGGGGAUAACGGCGGAGCCCCCAUCACUGGGUACACCCUCUAUUACAGGAAGGAUCAUGGGGCGUGGACCCAAGUCAGCGUUAACAGACAUGCGAACUCUUACGCUGUUCUGGGGUUAGAGUGUGGCUCAAGGUAUCACGUAUAUGUAGUCGCCCAUAACGUCGUGGGUUCGAGUCCUGCCAGUACCACUGCAGUGGUCAGAACCGUGGGCGGUCCACCUCAACCCCCUCAGCUGUCUCAUUUCCUGACGCCCAACUCCUCGAGCGUCACCGUCUUCCCCAAGGCGUGGAUGGCCCAGGGGUGUCCCAUCACGCACAUGGUCCUUGAAUAUCGCCAGCUCCAUCACCAACACUGGAUUCAAGUGUCCAGCGGAGGUCCCCAGGACAGCAAGGUGGAGAUUGAAGGGCUGGAUCCUUCCACCACUUAUUCCCUGAGGGUCACUGCUGUGUCCAGCGCUGGCUCAACAACCCACGCCUACACCUUCACUACUCUCACUGUUGGAGGAGAGCUGCCACCCGCCUGGUCUGUAAGGCCCUCAGCCCAGUGGGUGUCUGUAAGGGUUCUCCUGCCUCUGCUUACCUCUAUCGUGGCUCUCGCUUCGUCUCUUGGCCUCGUCUGCUACUGCGUCAGGAGAAAAACGACGAACACCAGCGGAGGCGACGGAGGCACAGAAGCCAGCAGCGAUGGAGGACGCAACGCCAACACGGCCGCCAGGGACAACAAGCACAACCUGGCCCAGAGGGAGCAGUACUAUGCCACCAUCAGGAAAGCCAACCCAAGGGACCAACAAAACGACAGAGUGCCAGAGAACGCGGAGGACAUCUAUCCGUACGCCACCUUCCAGCUUCCGGACCCGGCACCUCCCGACCCGAACCACAUCCCGAUGUAUCCGAUCUACCAAACUCGUACCUCAGAUAAGAAAAUUGAAGGCUAUGGAGAAGUGAAACGCCGAGGCAGCCGCAGCCGCGGCCAGCGACGAAGCCGCAGCCGCAGCCGCAGCCGGGGCGGCGUCGCAGACAGCGGCGACGACUACGAGACCCUGGGCUCAGACACCGAGACGGAACACGGAGGCGUUUCUUCCAGGACAGAAUCUUCCAACCAGCUCGACGACAUUCCUUCCAUCAGGGACCACACCGUCUACGCCCGAGGCCCUCCCAGCAAAGACCCCAGGGACCCCGUUUACUCCAGGGAGGCCACAAGGGUCCCGCCCCCCUCCAAGGACCCCAGGGAACCCGUAUAUUCCAGAGACAGUUCCAGGGAUCCAGGCUUUCAGCAGAGGAUUCAUCACAACUUGCUGUACAGCGCCGACUCGAGCACUUCCCCUGAACCCUCCCCCACCACCGAAAGAAAGUCCUUCCCCCGGCGCGUCAGAGCAAGGUCGCGUGUGAUGACGGAGGGCGAGGCCAUCCUGCCAACAGCGGCGGCGGCAGCGGCGGUCCAGGGGUCUGUAGUGGCCCCGGCGGCGGCGGCGUCGGCGUCGAAGGGAGGGGGGAUCGGGAUCCCUGCUGCGGCGCCGCCAUCGUACCCCGUGGUAGGCCAGAGCUCCGGGUGCCUCAACCCAAGAGGCCCCAACCCCGAGCCUCCGGAGGUGAGUGAAACGGAGUGUGACCGGGACAUUCUGCCUCCCCCGAGGAGGUACAGUGACGGUAAAUACAAAGGGAGGAUGCUCGACUACUCUAUAGCCGUCUGAAAGAAAUAGGUGUCAGGACGAAAGAAAGGGUUUCGGAGACAGUGAUGAUGAUGAUGAUAUCUGGGUUAGAGUGUCUUUUCUAAGCUUUUGCUCUUUAUCGUUAGCCUGUUGAUGUAUGUAAUAAAUAUUUUCCAAGGGAGUGCUUCAAACAUUUUCAAUAAUUGAAUGACGCAUGUCAUGUCUCAUCGAUAGUGAAUGGAAAUCACUGCAACACCAACAGAAAAUGACAAAGUAAAAGUUAUACUAUAUGACUGCACCUGUAGAAAAGAAUAAAAUACAAAUAUGUUCAGGACUGAUUAGUACUAAUAACCGCUUAUCAGAAGUGAUGUAGUGUCAUAAACUUCAUGAAUGGCGGAGUGCUUGUAGCUCUGCAGCGGACGAAAUAUUAAUACGGAAAAUUCGACGAGCAUGAAGCCAAGCCAUGCAGAAAAACGUGAGAGAACCAGUUCAUAAAUAAACGACGAAAAGAAUGGAUAUGGAACUAGGAACAGCGCUCAACGAAUUCAAGGAUUUUCUAGGAUUGCUCAUCUUCCACAUUACCAGAUCGCUAAGAAAUAAAAAGAAAACAAAAUCCCUUCCAGAACUGAGCGAUUUGCUAUCACAGCUCGUCCAGGUUACCAGCUCUAUAGAUUAAUGAAGAUUUAAUAUUGUAUUUUCUUUUGAUGAUUACAGGGAAAAUUAAUUUUUAUUUUUCAAAAUCGUUAAGUUUAUUAUUGUUACAGAAAAUUAUCAAUAUUUUCAGCUUGCCCGAGAGAAUUUAUAAUAAAGUUUUGAA